AUGCGUUACGAGCUACUUUCUGGGCACACGAAAUGCAUCUCCGAGGAGAUUCACGCCAACGCCAUGUCCGUCGGCAAAUACAGCAUCGUAAACCCUAACGAACAUCAUCCCCUCCCGGCUUCCAACAAAGUCACCGUCAGGGUGACAUCGCCGCAAGGAACGGCUUACCACGAGGCGGACGGAGUGGAAUCGGGGCAGUUCUCGUUGACGGCGAUUGAAACAGGAGAUUACGUUGCUUGCUUCUCCGCCGUCGAUCACCAACCGGAGACGUUGCUGGUCAUUGACUUUGAUUGGAGGACGGGCAUUCAUACCAAGGACUGGUCCAAUGUGGCCAAGAAGAGCCAAGUCGAAAUGAUGGAGUUUGAAGUUAAGAAGCUAUUCGAAACUGUGACUUCCAUCCAUGAUGAGAUGUUUUAUCUCCGAGACAGGGAAGAAGAAAUGCACGAACUGAACAUAUCGACAAAUUCUAAGAUGGCAUGGUUAAGCUUUUUGUCGCUAGCGGUAUGUUUAUCGGUCGCAGGUCUUCAGUUUUGGCACUUGAAGACUUUCUUCGAGAAGAAGAAGCUCAUCUAA